GAGUGAGGGAUGUAGUUGUCUUGGGCUGGGGAUGCACCUCCAGCAGCCUCACCUGUGUUUGGGACACUGUCCCCAUGGUGUGACAUGUGACCCCACUGCUGUCACCUGUUGCCAUUUGUCUCACAGGUCCUUCCAUCCUCCCUCACCCUGUGCUGGCUCUGCUUGGGGCCGGGGGAUGCUCAGUGUUUGGGUUGGGACUCAGGGCAGGGACUCGCCCUGCUCAGGGUCCCCUUGGUGGAUGGUGGCACAUGGGGCUGUCACCGAGCUCUGUGCAGGCAGCUCUCCUGAACCUGGAAUCUCUGCCAUCCACGCAGGGAGCCAGCUCCAGGGCACGCCCGCGGUGCCGAGGCAGAGCAGGAGGAGGAAGAGCGUGGCCAUUGCCUAUGAGGCAGGGCAGGGCGAGGGGGCCGAGGCGCGCUGGGAGCCGCCGCGCUGGCGGGAGCAGCUGCAGCGCAUCCGCCAGAUGAGGAGCGGCAGGGAUGCUCCCGUGGAUGAGAUGGGAGUGCACAGGUGCUACGACACCAGCGCGCCUCCAGAGGUGAGGCGGUACCAGGUGCUGCUGGCCCUGAUGCUGUCCAGCCAGACCAAGGACCAGGUGACGAGCGCUGCCAUGCUGCGCCUGCGCCGGCGCGGCCUCACCGUGGACAGCGUGCUGCAGAUGGACGAGGAGAGCCUGGGCCACAUCAUCUACCCCGUGGGCUUCUGGAGGAACAAGGUGAAGUACAUCAAGCAGACCACGGCCAUCCUGAAGCAGAAAUACGGAGGGGACAUCCCGAGCACUGUGGAGGAGCUGGUGCAGCUGCCAGGAGUUGGGCCCAAAAUGGCCCAUCUGGCCAUGCACAUUGCCUGGGACAGCGUGGCUGGGAUAGCUGUGGACACCCACGUGCACAGGAUCUCCAACAGGCUCCAGUGGGUGAAGAAGGAGACCAAGAGCCCCGAGCAGACUCGGGUGGCACUGGAGCAGUGGCUGCCCAGGGACCUCUGGAAGGAGAUCAACUGGCUCCUGGUGGGCUUUGGGCAGCAGACCUGCCUGCCUGUGAGCCCUCGCUGCAGCCAGUGCCUCAACCAGGACAUCUGCCCUGCUGCCAAGAGACCCUGAGGGACCAUCCAGCCUUGGCAGAGCCACAGAGCUGCUCGGGCCUGGCACAGGGCUGGCGGUGUGGCUGCAGGGACAGGAGCCUGCUCAGCAGCUCCAGAACAGCCACUGGCCACGGCUCAGCUCUGCAGAGGGAAAAGGGGCUUGGAGAGGCAGCAACCCUGCUGGGACAGAGCUGCACGCUCCAGCCUGGCUGAAUGGCUGAGCACAGCCCAGCUGUGCCACUCUGAGUCACUGCAGGGAAAAGCUUUGUCCUCGGGGAGCUGCUGCUGCUGCUUGUAAAUAUUGUUUAAUAAAGGUGGUGAGGGCUUUUUGCA